GCGGGUCGCGACGGCGGCGGGGCGCCCCCUCCCCCGUGCCGGGGCGCGGCGGAGGGAUGUGGGGCUUUGCGGGAGGAAGGCUUUUCGGCAUUUUCUCGGCCCCAGUGCUGGUGGCGGUGGUGUGCUGCGCCCAGAGCGUGAACGAUCCCGGGAACAUGUCCUUUGUGAAGGAGACGGUGGACAAGCUGUUGAAAGGCUACGACAUUCGCCUAAGACCCGACUUCGGGGGUCCCCCCGUCUGCGUGGGGAUGAACAUCGACAUCGCCAGCAUAGACAUGGUUUCCGAAGUCAACAUGGAUUACACCUUAACCAUGUAUUUUCAACAAUAUUGGAGAGAUAAAAGGCUUGCCUAUUCUGGGAUCCCUCUCAACCUCACGCUUGACAAUCGAGUGGCCGACCAGCUAUGGGUGCCUGACACAUAUUUCUUAAAUGACAAAAAGUCAUUUGUGCAUGGAGUGACAGUGAAAAACCGCAUGAUCCGCCUUCACCCUGAUGGGACAGUGCUGUAUGGGCUCAGAAUCACCACAACUGCAGCAUGCAUGAUGGACUUGAGAAGAUACCCCUUGGACGAGCAGAACUGCACGCUGGAAAUUGAAAGCUAUGGCUAUACCACAGAUGACAUUGAAUUUUACUGGCGUGGUGGCGAUAAGGCUGUCACUGGAGUGGAGAGGAUUGAGCUCCCACAGUUCUCUAUUGUGGAGCAUCGUCUGGUCUCAAGGAAUGUCGUCUUUGCCACAGGUGCCUAUCCUCGGCUCUCACUGAGCUUUCGGUUGAAGAGAAACAUUGGAUACUUCAUUCUCCAGACUUACAUGCCCUCUAUAUUAAUUACGAUUCUCUCAUGGGUGUCCUUCUGGAUCAAUUAUGAUGCAUCUGCGGCUAGAGUUGCCCUUGGGAUCACGACCGUGCUGACGAUGACAACCAUCAACACACACCUUCGGGAAACAUUGCCCAAAAUCCCCUACGUCAAAGCCAUUGACAUGUACCUCAUGGGCUGCUUUGUCUUUGUGUUUCUGGCCCUUCUGGAGUAUGCCUUUGUCAACUACAUUUUCUUUGGAAGAGGCCCUCAAAGGCAGAAGAAGCUUGCAGAAAAGACAGCCAAGGCAAAGAAUGACCGUUCCAAGAGUGAAAGCAACCGGGUGGAUGCUCAUGGAAAUAUUCUCUUAACAUCACUGGAGGUUCACAAUGAAAUGAAUGAGGUCACGGGCAGUGUUGGUGAUACCAGGAAUUCAGCAAGACCCUUUGACAACUCAGGAAUCCAGUACAGGAAACAGAGCAUGCCUAGGGAAGGGCAUGGGCGACACAUGGGGGACAGAAGCAUCCCGCACAAGAAGACCCAUCUACGGAGGAGGUCUUCACAGCUCAAAAUUAAAAUCCCUGAUCUAACCGAUGUGAAUGCCAUAGACAGAUGGUCCAGGAUCGUGUUUCCAUUCACUUUUUCUCUUUUCAACUUAGUUUACUGGCUGUACUAUGUUAACUGAGUGACUGUACUUGAUUUUUCAAAGACUUCAUUUAACACUGAGCGAAAUAUUACUCUGCCUGUCAAGUUUUUAUACCUGUACACACACACA